UUGAGUUUGUCGAGCUGUCUGGUUGUGGGCAUAUUGCUGUGCGGAACGUUAAACCCGUCGCUGUCGUCGCUGAAUCGUCGCAGAAUUUUAUGGCUUAACAACAACAAAAACAGCAACAUCAACAGCGGAAAAUAGACUCGCUUAUAGACUAGAGCGAAACACCCAAAAACUGGCCCAAGCCGGGGUGUGAGCGUUAUCAGCGUAGAUCAAUGGAGCGACGUCGAUCUCGAUGACGCCGUCAAUGACGCGAAGCCAAACUGAAAUUCGCGUACAAAAAUUCAUUUAAGCAAACGCCGCACUUAGCCUCGCCAAUAUUAGAAUCAGCGCGACCUAGUGUCGGCUACAAAAACAAAAAACAACAUAUAAACAAAUUAUAAAAACAACAGUAACAACAUGACUGUCUCAUAUGCAGGCGAAGUGCCCAAUGGCAGCAGUUUUGGCUGCUUCUGGAAAAUCCUGUUCAAAUGGCGUGGCAGCGUUUACAAAUUAAUCUGGCGAGAAUUAAUUGCGUAUUUGUGUUUAUAUUACACCAUCAAUGUUGUAUAUCGAUUUGCACUAACCGAGCCGCAGCAGGCCAUUUUCAACAAGGUGCGCCUGUACUGUCAGAGCCAAACACAGAGCGUGCCCAUGUCCUUUGUCCUGGGCUUCUAUGUCAGCUUGAUUGUCAAGCGCUGGUGGGAACAGUACCGACUGCUGCCCUGGCCCGAUACGCUGGCGCUCUUCAUAAGCGCCGCUAUACAGAACUCCAAUGGUACCGUUAAUAACGAAACGGGGCGUCUGAUGCGCCGCAAUAUUAUGCGUUAUAUGGUGUUGGCCUAUGUCAUUACCUUGCAGCGCAUUUCGUUGCGUGUCAAGCGACGUUUUCCCACCACACAGCAUCUGGUGGAUGCGGGUCUCAUGCACGAAUCGGAGAUGAAAAUCUUUGAGGCGCUCAAUCAGAAGAGUCCCAUGUCCAAGUACUGGAUGCCCUUGGUCUGGGCCACCAACAUUAUAAAUCGCGCGCGUCGCGAUGGUCUCAUAACCUCCGAUCAUAUAGUGCAAACCAUAUUGGUGGAACUAUCGGAUAUUAGACGGCGUCUGGGUGGACUGAUAGGUUAUGACACUGUCUGUGUGCCUUUGGUUUAUACACAGGUUGUCACGCUGGUGCUUUACAGCUACUUCAUAGCCGCCUUGCUGGGUAGCCAGAUGUUGCCAAAUAUUGUGCUGAAAAAUGGACAAGAAGAUCCAGACUUGUACUUUCCCGUCUUUACAGUCUUGCAGUUUAUUUUCUAUGUGGGCUGGCUUAAAGUCGCCGAGGUGCUAAUCAAUCCCUUUGGCGAAGAUGACGAUGAUAUCGAACUAAAUUGGCUCAUCGAUCGACACAUAAAGGCUGCCUAUAUGAUUGUGGAUGAGAUGCACGAGGAGCAUCCGGAGCUGCUGCGCGAUCAGUACUGGGAGUGUGUAGUGCCCAAGGAGCUGCCCUACACCGUAGCCUCGGAGCACUACAGACGCGAUGAGCCCAAGGGUUCUGCCGAGAAGUACAAGGUCAAGAAGGAGGAUGCUAUGUAUGCCAACAUUAUACCAGGCGGCGGCAAGCGCAUGCUCAGCGAUGAUGUCUAUGCGGAUUAUGAAAGCGUGGACACGCCCAUGGUGGAGCGACGCAAGAACAAUUGGCUAGUGCGUCAGCUAUCCCGCAUGGGCUCUAUGCGCAGUCAGUCCACAGCGUACUCAUCCGGCGGCAUGCCCUUCAAUCGCAAUCGCUUGAACUCCGUUUACUCUAGUCCCGAGUCAGGUCUGCCGCUGUCCAUUAUACAACAGCAGCAGCUGCAGCAACAACAAAUGAGCGGCAUGCAACAGCAGCAACAGCAGCAGCAACAAUCGAGCAAACCAAGUCUCUAUGAAAAGUUUGUGCAUCGCAAAUCGCUGCGCGCUCAGCGGCAUCUGAUCAAGCAAAACUCCAAGCUAAAUGGUUUGAAUGUAGCUGCAAACAAGCCACGCCCACGUAUACCCACGCCGGAGGUGACCAAAGAUGGCAGCACUAAUCCAGUUAGCAGUGCCGUCAUUAUGGCUCCACAACAGUUGAGCACUCAAAGCACCACCAACACCAACACCAGCGGCAUGUAUCCCACGUACACAGCCAGCGGCACGAAUCUGCACCAGGACAGCGGCCAAGUGCUGGGCACGCUCCUGCUGUCGCCCAUCAAAGAGAUGGACAGCAGCUCAUCCAAUAACACUUUGAUUCCAGGACAUCCAGCCACAGCAGCGCUGGCCCAAGCGGUGCUGCCCACGCGCCUCAAGGACGGCGGCUACACUGCCAGCUCCACGGAUAACAACAUUACAACGCUUUCGUUUCCCUUCAAUGUGGUCACCAGUGUGGCUGGCGGCGAGGCCAUGCCCACUGGCACUUUAAGCAUUGUGCCACUCAAUGCGAAUGCGCAGCUGCCGACGAUAACCACCACGGCUAGUGGCUACGAUCCAAACGAUGUUAUAACCACCAUCCCCGUCUCGCUCUCCAUACAACGCACGCCCAGCAGUCUGUCCAUUGUGGAGCUGACAGGCGCUGCAGAUGGCGCUGAUGGCAGCGGCUCCAGCAAUGGCUCAGGUGGCGGCGGCGGCAUUACUACCACCGCGCUGCUUUCUGUUAAGCCGCUGAAUGGUGCAGCGAAUAUAUCGCGCAACAACAGCUUUAACAUAAGCCUGAAUCUGCAGGACGCCAACUAUCAGCGCUCCUCGCUGCGCUCAACAGCUGCCAACGAUGCAGUGGAUGCUACAACAGCAACGCACAUAACACGUGGCAAGGAUGCCUCCUCCAGCACUGGCCAUGCAGCUGCCACCUCAGCGCCCUCCACGCUGGCCAAGCACAAGCCCGAGCCCAAAACGGGCGAGGUGUAUGUGUAAAUGAGUUUUACUUUUAAUUAGUUGUAGGAACUGCGGCGUCAAGCCAAACCCGGAACCAUAUAAAUGAUAUUAUGUUAGCCAAGCAAUGUGUAAACAAUUAUUUUACAGCUCUUUAGUUAAACUAAAUGUAUAAAAUACUAUGCUCUACUCUUAAAUGUUGCCUAUUGUUAUUUGAUGCUUUCGAUUUGUUUUUACUGGCGCUUGCCAUAUAUAUUUUUAAUACCCUUUAUAUAAAAUCCCUAUCGUAUGAACGUGUAUAUAGCAACCAGCACAAUAUGUGAUAUGCGAUUUUUUACAGCUAGUUGAAUAAGUGUCUAAGUCUAUAGCUUAAGCUUAAAUAUACAACUCUAUGAUAUGUUUAUAAAUAAAUACACUUAGCGUACA